AUGGCUUCAAUGUCGGCUCUACCUCAGCCAUCGCGGCCAGUUACAAACCCCCCAACCGGAUCAUUACCUGCCCUCCCCAACCCCAAACCUAGAAGGUCUACACCCGGCUCCGAGACACCCCGGGCCGCGUCUCCCUAUAACACGUCCAAGCUGCGGACGCCAUCCAGCCCCAAACCGUCGCUGAAGUCUCCCCUAUCAAAUUCAAACUCAACUUCCAACCUCAGCGCGGCCCGGUCCGCAUCCAGCGGACGCGCACCGAGCAGCCCGGACAAAUCCUUGCGCCGCACAAUCAGCAUCGCAUCAUUCCCUCAACCACCAAAAGCAGGCGGCCGUCCGUCUACGGCAUCUUCACUCUCGGGCAUCCAAGCCGCCACGCCCAGCUCGCGACCGGCGCGAAGCUCACGGCUGAGCACGGGAACUACUAGCAGCUACCGUAGCUCAAAAACACCGUCACUGCUCAACGGUAGUGGAGAAGGCAAAUUCAUCUCGAGUGCGGACACACGGGAUCCAGACGCUUCUCCCGCCCACAGCAGAAGCUCAUCCGCGCAAGGAUCAUGUUCGACUAGCGCUACUACAUUUGAGGAUGCAGACGAUACGGCAAGCAAAUCGACUACCAAGCAAAAAGAGAUCAAGGGCAAUGUGAUUGUGAGUGUACGUGUGCGCCCCGACAAUAACAGCGGAGGCGAAACGCCGCGGAAUCAUGGCGAAUGGUCGGUUGAUGGCCGGCAAAGCCUCAUCUCAUAUCGAGGAAAGGAAGGAGGCGAUUAUUACUAUGACAACGUAUUCAAUCCCAUGGAGAACAACGCCAAGGUGUACGAUUCAGCAGCCAAACGACUUGUCAGGCGUGUAAUGGAAGGCUACCACGGAACGGUCUUCGCAUAUGGUAUGACCGGGACCGGAAAGACCUUUUCCAUGCAAGGAACAGCGACGUCCCCCGGUGUGAUUCCACUGGCCAUCACCGACAUUUUCUCUUUUAUCAGAGAAACCCCCCAUCGAGAGUUCCUGCUGCGGGUCAGCUACCUGGAAAUCUACAACGAGAAGAUCAACGAUCUCCUAUCUGCUUCGUCUGCCAAUGGACCUGCAGCACCUCAGGAAGAGAUCAAAUUGAGAGAGGAUAGCAAGCGAGGAGUGUAUGCCACGCCGCUCAAGGAAGAGAUUGUGCAGAGCCCGACACAACUUCUUCGCGUAAUUGCAAGAGGUGACCACGCACGACGCACCAGCAGCACGCAGUUCAAUGCACGAAGUUCCCGAAGUCACGCGGUUGUCCAAAUCGUCGUUGAGAGCCGAGAGCGUGUGCCCUCAGGCAAUUCCCAGGACAAGAGAUCUGGGAUUGCCCCGGGAGGUGUACGGGUGUCAACCCUGAGCCUGAUUGAUCUGGCUGGAUCCGAGCGCGCAGCCGAUGACAAGGAGCGUCGCACGGAGGGUGCGCACAUCAACAAGAGUCUUCUCACUCUGGGUACCAUUAUCUCCCGGCUCUCCGAAAACAAGGACAAGCAAGGCAACCCCAUGGAUCGCGAUGGGAGGCAUUUGCCCUACCGUGACAGCAAGUUGACCAGGCUGCUACAGCCAGCUUUGUCUGGCGGUUCUCUUGUCAGUAUCCUGUGCACGAUCCAACUUACUAGCUCUGUCAAUGCGAACACUGGUGAGACCCUAAACACCAUGAAAUUUGCUGCGCGAGCCAAGAACAACAUUGUCAGCCAUGCCAAAAAGGCAGAGGAGGCAUACGGCGGUGGCGGCGGGGACUCUGGAAGCCGAGUCUUGCUUGAGCGGUACCGCAUGGAGAUCCAAGCUCUGCGCGGUCAGCUUGAUACUCAGGCCAAGUUUCAGGCUGAAAAGGAACUCAAAUGGGAUGAACAGCAGUAUGAAAAAGAGGCGCAGGCCCGCCACGAGGAGCAAGUGUUGGAAAUGCAGUUGGCCCGAACAGCGCUGAAAGAGCGAAUCGAACAUCUUAACCGUCUAAUUUUGAGCUCCAAGUCAACAGGAGUUAACAACCACAACAGUCUGUCUACAUUUGGUCGGCUUUCCCGCAUGUCUUCGACGGAUUCUGGUGUUCGCUCUCUACGUUCGUCCGCUAGUCAAUCGACCCUGAGUGCUGUCCAUUCAUCGAUGCGCCCCAUCUCAUUCAUGUCCGUCAAUAGCAACGACCCCUCGGCAUUGCAUUACCCGGGGGGAUCAUUUGGCCCCGAGGAUGAAGAGGACCUUGGUGAAUUUGGCGAUGGCAAAGCCAGCCUGCAGCGGCAGGUAACUGCGUUGCAGGCCGACCUUAGUGAUAAAAACCGAUACAUCUCAACCCUGGAACGCCGACUUCUCCAAGCUCGUCGAUCCAGUCACACCCGCAUGUCAGUGGGUGUCAAGCCUGCGAAUGCCACCAUUGCCGAACAACCGGAUAUGAUUGCCUUGGUUCGGGAGAAGGACAUGGAGAUCAACGAACUCCGCCUCCAGCUCGACGACAAGGAUCGCAUGCUCGCUGCACUUCGCUCUGCAACGCGUCAUCGCGACCUGGCUGCCGUCACCAAUGAGUCCCAGUCACCCGAGUUGAAAAACAAGGGUGACUCUGUGGGCGAGAUAGACGGUCCCAUCAGGACCAGUGGUCUUCCCACUGACAAGCCCGAAAGCCCAAACAAGCGGGCCUUUUCUGGCUCUAGCAGAGCCAGCAGAGUCAAUGACCAGACGGAUGGUGGCAAAAACAUGGAUGAAGUCUCUCGAUUACUGGACGAGAUGAUCCAGGGUCGAAUGGACGGUGGACAUGCGAAUGAUCGUUCUUCCAUGAACGUCAAGAGUGUCACCAGUGAGAGUCGACGUGAAUCUUCAUCGGCUGAAGUGCCGGGCUUGAACCCUACUGCGCCGUCGUGGGAUCCAAGCCUCAGUUCGCCGUUCCGAGGAUGA